AUGGCGUUCUUUCUCACCAUCCUAGCUGUCUCCUCAGUUGUCAACGCAGCAGCCUUGACAGCUAACUAUCCGAUCAACGCGCAAUUGCCUCCAGUCGCGCGAGUCUCGCAGCCUUUCCGAUUUGCUUUCGACCAAAGUACCUUUUCCAACAGCGAUAAUGAAACCGAAUACUCAUUAUUGGAUGCGCCAUCAUGGCUCAAAGUAAACAGCAGUGAUCGCGUUUUGUCGGGAACUCCUCAUCCAGACGAUAGCGGCGCACCAAAAUUCAAACUCGAGGCAUCCAACGGAUCGGAAAAAGAUAGCAUGGAAGUCACUUUGAUCGUCACUGCAGACCAAGGACCUACGGUCCACAAACCCCUCGUCUCCCAAUUGCAGUCAAUGGGACCGGUUUCAUACCCUUCUACACUGUUCAUUCACCCAGGCAGUCCGUUCUCUAUCGAAUUUGAUCCCGACACGUUCGAAAACACGCAUCCUUCGACUAUCUACUAUGGAACAUCGCCAAACAACACCCCUCUGCCCUCUUGGAUCGGGUUUGACCCAGCAGCGCUGAAGUUCUCCGGAAACACACCCCCUUUCGGUGGCUCAGGAUCGCAGACAUUCACUUUCCAGCUCGUGGCCUCUGAUGUAGCUGGAUAUAGCGCAGCCAACAUGACCUUUCAACUCACGAUUGGCCCUCAUAUCCUGUCAUUCAAUGAGACCGUGCAGUCUUUUAACUUGACCAGGGGCGACAAGUUCAGCAGUCCCAGUUUCAGCAGCUUUCUCGCAAUGGAUGGCUCGCCCACUUCAAGCAAGGAUCUGAGCAAAGUCGAGGCGGAAUUGCCGGAUUGGUUGAAGCUUGACAAAGACAAUGUCUCGCUGAGUGGAACUCCGCCCAGUGACGCAGUGAAUGAGAACAUCACCAUUGCCGUGUCCGACUCUUACCAGGACGUGGCUAAGCUCAUGGUUCGGCUGGAAUUCACUAAAUUGUUCCUCAACACUGUUGAUGGCUGCGAAGCAGCUAUUGGCAACGAGUUCAAGUUCAUCUUCAACCAGACCAUCAUCACAGAUGAUUCGGUGCAACUCGAUGUUGACUUAGACAGCGAGCUUUCCUGGCUUACAUACUUCCCUGAGAACAAGACCCUUUAUGGCCAUGUUCCUGAUGAUAUGCACCCCAAGAAGUUCACUCUACCUCUCACUGCGCACCAAGGAUCGACCACAGAUACAAGGGACUUCAUCCUCGAUGUCCUCAAGGCCUCGGAUACGCACGAAAAUCCCACAGAUCCUUUCACUCAUGAUCAAUCGAGUAGCAGCCCUCAUCACAAGAAGGCUGGAAUCAUCGCAAUCUCGGUCGUUUUGCCCGUUGUGGUGAUUUUCAGUGCUCUGAUUCUGUUCUGUUGCUGGCGUCGUCGCAAGAACUCUCCCACUGCCGAAGACGGACCCUCAAGCAUGAAGGCCGCUCCUCCUCGCCCUAUCAGACCAGACAUGCCUAACUGCCAACCUAACAUGGCCGAAAGACCGUCUCGCGAUGACAAUUCAGACGAUUGGAUGAGCCCCAUCUCCCCCUUCGGAUCCUCCCAAGCUUGA